CUCGAAUGGAUGAGAUUGCGGUAUUUCUGGUGGUGGUGGUGGUUGAGUUAGUUGACGCAAGGGCAGUAGCUCCGCCAUUCUCCGGCCAUUCCACUCCGCGUCUCGCUUCACUCACUCACUCCCUAACAGCACUUAUCCGGCACAGAAGUGCUGAUGACGCAGUAGACGAGGAAAUUAUAGAAAAUUCAAUAACUUAUUUCAUUCCGUCGCCAUUAUCAUGGGCUCGGAUGACAAUUAUAACAAUGGGAGCGUAAACAAGGAGGGGGGCGAUGAGGAUUAUAAUGAUGGAGGUGCCAGUGGAGGUAGUAACGAUAAUCGAAAUCAGGAUAAAAACGAGCCAGAACAAUGCAGAAAACUCUUUAUCGGAGGACUCGACUACCGAACUACUGAGGACAGUUUGAAAGCUCACUUUUCCAAAUGGGGGGAAAUUGUGGACGUCGUCGUAAUGAAAGACCCUAAAACUAGAAGAUCUCGUGGGUUCGGAUUCAUCACCUACUCCAGAUCAUUCAUGGUUGACGAAGCCCAAAAUGCCCGACCUCAUAAGGUUGACGGACGAGAGGUCGAACCAAAGAGAGCAGUACCACGAGAGGAUAUUGGCAAACCAGAAGCUGGUGCAACGGUCAGGAAAAUCUUUGUUGGUGGACUGAAGGAAGAAGUGGAAGAAGAAGAUCUUAGAAGUUACUUCAAGUCAUUUGGGAAUGUCUCCAACGUUGUCCUUGUCACGACAAAGGAUACAGGAAAAAAACGAGGGUUCGGGUUCGUUGAAUUUGACGACUAUGAUCCAGUGGACAAGGUUGUAUUGUCCAAGUACCAUGAAAUCCAAGGAAAACGCGUUGACGUUAAAAAAGCCCUCAGCCGCACUGAAAUGGCUAACAUGAAAGGUGGCGGUGGCGGAGGAGGAGGCUCUCAUUAUUCUGGUGGUGGUGGUCGAGAAGAUUCCCGAUCUGGUGGGGGACGUGGACCGCCAGGAGGACGCGGUGGUGGUGGUGGCGGAGGUCACAGCCAGAACCCUUGGGGUGGACGAGGAGGAGGAAGUGAGGGAGGAAACUGGGGUGGUAGUGGAGGAGGAGGAUGGGGCGGCGGUUACAGCACUGGACCUUGGGAACAACCUCCCGGAGGUGGCGGCGGUGGACAAUGGGGAGGUGGCUGGCAAGGAAGUCAACCCGGUGGUGGAUAUGGUGGAGAUUUUGGAGGUGGUUACCAGCAACAAUACGGCGGUGGGCCGAUGAGAGGAGGGCAACAAUAUGGUAACCGUCCGUCCCCCUACCAAGGCGGCGGCGGUUAUAGCGCCCCAACUGGUGGCGGCGGUGGUGGAGGAGGUAUGGGAUACAACCGUAGAUUUUAAAGGAACAUGAGAAGCGGCAGACUACACUGGCCAAAUAACCACUCCCCUUUUGGUGUAUCUCAUCCACGUCGUCAUCUCUACUCUCAUCUUUGGUUUGAUUUGAUGUUACCCACCCAUCUCUCACUCAUCACUCUCCCGUAAAAUUUUCGGUGAGGGAAUUUCCGGCUAACGACACAAAAUCUCUUCUCCUCUUAUUACGUUUGAAUCGAUCAAUCUUAAGCAAGAAGCGUUUCUCCUGUUAGACAGGUUUCACCGUUAAGACGAAUUCUUAUAAAUUAGGUUAACUUAUUGUUUUUGUACAGUUGUCUAUAUCUUUAGUAAGGUUACAUGGUGUUGUAUGGUUAUAAGAUUAGUUUCUUACAUUACAAAAAACAUAAUAGUUGUUGGCAGAUUUUUAGUUGGAAAGAACCAACCUUUCAAUAAAUCAGUUAGAUAGAUUAUCUAUCUCAACAACAACAACUAGACCGUACGUAGAUAGUUGCCAGUAAGUUUUAUGCAGCAUAUUUAAUAGCGGUUUAUUACUACCACAUGAUAUAAUUAACGGUUCAAUAAUACGAUCGUAUAGCAUUGCAUAGUAAAUUUAAGAAUGAUGCAUGAACUGGUACAAAUUCCGUCUACCACAGUUUAAAUUCAAUCUCAUAUCAUGACAGCAUCAGAUGGUCAGUAAUAUUCAGUAGAUUUUUUGCACUAUUGCCAAAUAUAUAUUGGCCCUUUCAUUUCUUCAGCAACUUUCUCCCAGAAUACAGUCAGCUCAUUCAACGAACGACGGAAGAAUUGCAGUCGAGAAUCACAGACAGGAAAGUGUUCUGCAACCUAGAGGACGAGAGGGAAGGGGAAAGUGCGCACUAACUAAUUCAAUCGAGUAAUACUUAACAGAGCAGAGACAGAAAAAAAGAGAGCCGAGAAGGUGAAAGUUUAAGGUAUAGUAGUAGCAGCGGAGUUUUAGUAAGCUGAAGAAGAUGACCCAAAAAUAAUACGUACAGGCAGCAGAGAAACUAAAUCACUCACGAACAAUCAGUCAGCUCAGCUACAAUCUUCGCGUUCAGGAAGGAGACAGGUAUCAAUUCAAUUGUGAGUGAUGGUGACCAACAAAUUCAGUGCAGAGCAGAUCAAAUGAGACAGAUAACAAAUACCAGGCGAUGAAACGAAUGCGAUGGAAGCGGAAUCGAGCGAGAAUGUGACGCUGGACGUGUAAUGAAUCUCGUGACAAUGACGUUAAAAAACUGUGAUUUUUAUCAACCUGGUUGACUGAUUAAUAUUGUGAUAUAAAAGUUUUGGACUUUUACUGGAGAGAAACUCGUUAGAACCAAAGCACACUCGGAUCUCGGUACUCUCAACGUCUGGUACGAUGAGCAUUGCCGUACAAUCUGCAAAUUAUUGUAGGGUUGUAUUUAUUUAUAGACUUUUUUACAAUGUUUUAAAAUAAAUGAGUUGAAACCAA